AUGGGGAAUGGAAUGAUUGCUGCCUCAAUUUCAUCUGACGCGCUCCCCACCAGUGAUGAGCCGAUAGUGAGGGACUCGUCAAAUGAGUUCGAUUCCGAUGACUACGACGGGUCGAUAACAUUCUAUUUAUGGCUUCACGGUAGCUGGACUCCAGUGCUAAUCGACGACCGUUUGCCGUAUUUAAACUAUGAUUCAGGAGGUGGGCGACUUCUUUUUUCCAGUGGCACCGACCCGGACGAAUUUUGGCUCCCUUUGCUUGAAAAGGCGUUUGCCAAGGUUUAUGGGAGUUAUGAAGCCCUGGAAGGAGCUCAAGAAAUUGAUGUCCUGGUUGAAUUAACUGGAGGAAUUGCCAUGAAAUCGCAGCUGGGAGAAAUCCUUUCUUCGAGUGAUUCAAAUGCUGAGCGAGAUUUUUUCAAGCGAAAUUACAUGUGGUUCUUACACGGAGCCUUGCUAAUCUGUCACAGAGACAGGGGAGGGAAAAGAAUCGAAAACGGAUUGAUUGACAAAUGCUCGUACACCGUAACAAACAUGGCGUACGUUUCGACUCGGGGAUCUAAAGAACCUUUUCGAUUGCUCAGGAUCAAAGCUCCAUGGAACACGUCAAUGGAAUGGGAUGGUCGUUGGAGAGAUACUGAUGAACAAAGCUGGUCAAUGGUCAGCGACGAGACGAAAGCUAGGAUUGGUUACGAGAAGCACCCCACAGACGGAGAAUUCUGGAUGUGCUGUUCUGAUUUCUGUGAAGAAUUUAGCGCAAUCACUAUCUCAUUGGAACCUGGAGAAUGGAAGGGCAAGUCGGCCGCCGGAUACAAAUUCAAGGAAAACAAAAUAUUUCCAUGCUUCGGAAAUCCUCAGUUUCUUCUUACUGUCACUGAAGCCGACGAUGACGAUGAAGAGGGCAAUUCGACGUUGAUGAUUGGUUUGAUGCAAAAGCGAAGGAAGGAUAAUAUUGUCAAGUACUUCAACGCAGCAUUCUAUGUGUAUAAAUUGAAGGCGAAAAGUGCGCAGUGUCCAUUCGGUUCUACAUUUACCAUGGGUUGUGGAUCUUCAGCUGAAGUCGUUCCUCCUGACGCGAAAGACAAUCUUGAAGAGGACCCGGAAGACGGCUUAUUCAAAGACAGCGACUUUCCCGCGGACAUCUCGGCCAUCUGUUACAGUGAAGAUGGUCGGAAAAAAUACGAAGCUCUCAAGAUUGUAUGGAAGCGACCCCCAGAACUGAGGGAAUCCCCUUGUCUAAUGGUCGAAGGAGUUUGCAGCACUGACAUCGUACAAGGCGAACUGGGCGACUGCUGGUUUCUGUCGGCAUGUGCUGCAGUUGCACGAGAAAGUUCCAUCGUCACUGCGGUAUUCAGAGAACAUGCUGCGGAUCCACACGCGUGCAAAAAUUCCAGUGGCAUUCUUGGACUUCAGUUUUGGCGCUAUGGUACAUGGGAGCCCGUCACAAUAGAUGACAGACUCCCUUGUAUUGUCAACGAAGACGGGAAAACCUACAAGUUACUUUUCGCUAGAUGUGGAAAUCCUGACGAAUUCUGGCUUCCGAUGAUCGAAAAGGCAUACGCCAAGUACUUCGGUCUGCUGUGUUGGUGUCUCAUAAGUGCGAGUCAUCAAGUUUUGGGCAGGUGCGGCGUCCAAGAUGGCGCCUUCGUCUGUUCAAACGUUUGCGAUGAGGACGUUUUGGACUCGGAGGCUUUCAGGUUUGGAGUGGACUUCGUCGGACGUGUUCUGGACUUGAACUGCGUGCGAUUUUACGGUCUUUCGAGCGUUAGAUUGUACGCCCGAACUCGCUGCGUCGGGAAGAUAACGCCGGCGAUCCGCAGGGUGGUUUCGCCCUGGGAGUUGUGCGGGGGCGCUGCUGAUAAAGAUCCAGCAGAGGUUUUUCGGACCCGCACUUCGACGUUGUUGACAGGAACCAUGACGGUUUCGGGAACGUUGCCAGGUCAAAAAGUAGAGGUUUCCACCACA